GGCUGUGGAUACAGCCAGGGCCUCCACCUCACUCACCACUGCAGUGACCUCGGCUGUGCACACCUGUGUGUGUGUGACUGUGUCACCCGAGUGCAGUGGCACAGGUCUGUGGGUGACCUCGGGAUGCCUCGGUGUAUCUGGGAGAGGUGUCAGUGAAUGUGUGUGCAUCUGCUUGGGCAUGUGCCUGGUCAGGGGCGGGCUGGGCUGCUGUAGCUGUGCCCCAUUACCACUCCGCUGCCAGUGCCGGUACCCGGUGCUAUGCUGGUGUGCCUCCCCGGGUGCUGAAGCCCAGUGCCGGUACAUGUCAGCGUGCCGGUGCCCGUGGCGAGUGUUCGGCUGUAAGCCCGGUGCUGCUGCCCAUACCGGUGUCUGUCCGAGUGCUGGUGCCGGUGCACCUCCCUCACUGGCGACGGUGCAGGUGCCUGUGCUGCUCCCGUGUGUUGCCGGUGCGGGGCUCCUCCCGCGCACACGGCGGUCACCUUGGCGGCGGGGUCGGGUGGAGCGGAGCGGAGCCGUACGACCGGGCUGGGCACUGGUGUCCCCGCUCCAGCCACCCCCCGAGGCGCCGGCCCCAGCCGCGCCCGCCCGGUGCCCGCGGGCCGCGCCCAGCCGGUACCAGCCGCCGCUGCUCCAUCCCUCCGGUGAGGCCCCAUCCCUGCCCAGUCCCGGUCCCGGUCCCGGCGGCGGCGCGGCGCCCGGUGCGGACCAUGGCGGCGGCGGAGGCAGGCGGCGCUGCGGCGGCGGCGGGGGCCCGGCGCGGCCCGGGCAAGGAGCGGAGCUAAGCGGGAGGCGGCCCGGGAUGGCCAGGAUGAACGUGGCCCUCCAGGAGCUCGGACACGCUAUGCCUGACUACAAGCGUGCCACGCUGCAGGACGAUGAGGGGCUGGAGCCAGCGGUGGAUGGAAGUGCCUCUCCUGACAGUGUGGAGGUGGGGUUUCGGAAGGGGCCGGGGCCGCUGCUGAGCCGCCUGGCCUCGCGCAGCCAGCUGGAGCUGGUGCUCUGUGCCAUCGCCGUCUCCCUGGCCCUGCUGCUCGGCAUCGCCGUCGUCGCCCUGGCCAUCCAGUACCACAGAGACCCCUCGCACAGCAUGUGCCUGACGGACGCCUGCAUCCGGGUGGCCAGCAAGAUCCUGGAGGCCCUGGAUGUGGAGACAGACCCGUGCCAGGACUUCUACCAGUAUUCAUGUGGGGGCUGGAUCAAGAGGAACCCCCUGCCCAACGGGCGCUCCAAGUGGAGCACCUUCAACAGCAUCUGGGACCAGAACCAGGCCAUCAUGAAGCAUCUCCUAGAGAAUGCCACCUUCAACUCCAGCAGCGAGGCGGAGCGGAAGACACAGCGGUACUACCUGUCCUGCCUCAAGGAGCAAAGGAUAGAGGAGCUGGGCUCCCAGCCCCUCAUGGAGCUCAUUGAUAAGCAGAUUGGAGGGUGGAAUGUCACUGGCUCCUGGAACCAGACCAGCUUCAUGGAGGUCCUCAAGAUGGUGUCAGGCACAUACCGAGCAACCCCUUUCUUCACGGUGUACGUGGGUGCAGACUCCAAGAGUUCCAACAGCAAUGUCAUCCAGGUGGACCAGUCGGGGCUUUUCCUCCCAUCCCGAGAUUACUACCUGAACAAAACUGCCAAUGACAGGGUCCUGGCAGCGUACCUGGACUACAUGGUGGAGCUGGGCACCCUGCUGGGGGGGACCCCGGAGCCCACCCGCCUCCAGAUGCAGCAGGUGCUGGACUUUGAAACCCAGCUGGCCAACAUCACCGUGCCCCAGGCUGAACGACGGGACGACGAGAAAAUCUACCACAAGAUGAGCAUCGCUGAGCUGCAGGCCUUGGCCCCCGCCAUCGACUGGCUGGAUUACCUGUCCUAUGCUCUGGCUCCGCUGGAGCUGGCAGACACAGAGCCCGUGGUGGUGUAUGGGGACACCUACCUCCAGCAAGUCUCUGACUUGAUCAACGGCACGGACAGGAGCAUCCUGAACAACUACCUGAUCUGGAACCUGGUGCAGAAGACAGCCUCUAGUCUGGACCAGCGCUUCGAGACAGCCCAAGAGAGGCUGCUGGAGACACUCUAUGGCACUAGGAAGUCCUGCACACCCCGCUGGCAAACCUGCAUCUCCAACACAGACGACACGCUGGGCUUUGCCCUGGGCUCCCUCUUUGUCAAAGCCACCUUUGACCGGGACAGCAAAUCCAUUGCUGAGGAGAUGAUCAGUGAGAUCCGAGCGGCCUUUGAGGUGUCCCUGGACCAGCUGGACUGGAUGGAUGAGAAGACCAGGCAGGCUGCGAAGGAGAAGGCAGACACCAUCUACGACAUGAUCGGCUUCCCCGACUUCAUCCUGGACAACAAGGAGCUGGACGAUGUCUAUGAUGGGUACGAGGUCUCAGAGGACUCCUUCUUCCAGAACAUGCUCAACUUCUACAACUUCUCUGCCAAAGUGAUGGCCGACCAGCUCCGGAAACCCCCCAACCGUGACCAGUGGAGCAUGACCCCGCAGACUGUCAAUGCCUACUACCUGCCCACCAAGAAUGGGAUCGUCUUUCCCGCCGGCAUCCUGCAGGCUCCCUUCUAUGCCCGCAACCACCCCAAAGCCCUGAAUUUCGGUGGCAUCGGUGUGGUGAUGGGGCACGAGCUGACGCACGCGUUCGAUGACCAAGGGCGGGAGUAUGACAAGGAGGGCAACCUGCGGCCAUGGUGGCAGAACUCCUCCCUCGAGGCCUUCAAGAACCGGACAGCAUGCAUGACAGAGCAGUACGGCCGCUACACCGUCCACCACGAGAAGGUCAAUGGCCGGCAGACGCUGGGCGAGAACAUCGCUGACAAUGGCGGGCUCAAGGCAGCCUACAACGCAUACAAGUCCUGGCUGCAGAAGAACGGGGAGGAGAAGCGCCUGCCAGCCCUGGGGCUCACCAACCACCAGCUCUUUUUUGUGGGCUUCGCACAGGUCUGGUGCUCUGUCCGGACGCCCGAGAGCUCCCAUGAAGGGCUGGUGACCGAUCCCCACAGCCCCGACAAGUACCGCGUCAUUGGCACCCUCAGCAACUCCCGGGACUUUGUGGAACAUUUUGGCUGCCCCCUCGGCUCCCCCAUGAACCCUGGCAAGCACUGUGAGGUGUGGUAGGGACAGGGAGGGUGCUGGGGACAGAAAGGAUGAUGCUCUGCUGUGUCCCCCACCCCAGCCCUCGCCAGCUGCCUGAGCUGGCCCACAGGCAGAGAGCAGGGCCACCCCCCGGGUCACCCUCCAUCGCGGUCCCCCCUGCACACCGCUGCCUCGCCCCACCUCUGCCCCACUCCCCAGCACACACCAGGCACCCGCUGCAGCCCCAUUUACAGCCUGGGGCCAGGCACGGCUGGCAGAGAAGCCGUAGCACCCCCAAAACACAGCUCUGCCCCCCAAACCCUGACGUGCUAGAGAUGGGCACAGCUCAGUUCCCUCAGUGCCGCGUCCCCUCCCAGGCGGGCAGGCCAGAGGGGUCCCAGGGAGAGCAUUAGAGCCGAGCCCCCCACUCCUGUCCCCAACCUGCUGGAGAUGGAGACUGGGUGUCCCCCAGCUCCGCUCUUCCCUCACCCUUCCCGAUCUGGCUUGGCUUCCCCAUCCACCUCUGCUGGGACCAGCAGGUGCCAGCGAGCAGGGACUCUGGUGCCUUCAGCUGUGGGUGGCUGUCGCUGAAUUUAUUUAACUAUUAAAAGCAGUUUCCACUGA